ACUGUUCUCACUCCUUUUCCUUCCACAUUCCAUCAUCAAUUCAAUUUGCCUAAAAAUUCAAACCACCAUUAUAUAGUAUUCAUAUAAUUAGUAGUAAGACAAAAGAAUUCAUCCACCAGCUCCCUUGUCUCCACUACUUUCCCUUUGAUUGCCGGAGCUCAUUCAUAAAGCAUGUUUAAAUAGUGAAUUCAGCAAGUCAAUUUUCUUGAGAAUUCAAAACCACCAUUGAUUGAAGCUCGAAAUCACUCCAUUCGAGCACCCUCCAAAUACCUUUAAGCUGAAAAGAUGGGACCAUCAUUUUCUUUCUUGAAACCACAACGUCCUAAAUUCUCUCUAGCCGAGAUCCGGUUGGCCACCAACGACUUCAGUGAAGAAAUUGGAACCGGUGGUUUCGGUAAAGUAUACAAAGGCUUCAUCGACAACGGCCAAACGGCCGUGGCAGUGAAGCGGCGAAAUGCAUGGUCCCUGCAAGGCCAGAGUGAGUUCACCAAGGAGAUUGAAACCCUAACCGAGAUCCGGCAUCGUAAUAUAGUUUCUCUCAUUGGCUACUGUGACGAAAAGGGAGAUAUGAUUCUUAUCUAUGAGUACGUGGCCAAUCAUUCACUCAAGCAUCACCUCAACCAGUCAAUGGCGGGCGGUGCCUUGCUCACGUGGCGCCAACGGAUUAAUAUCUUGAUUGGAGCUGCUCGGGGCCUGUGUUAUCUUCACGAACACGCUCCCAACAGCUCAGUCAUACAUCGCGAUGUGAAGAGUGCAAAUAUCCUUGUGAAUGAGAAUUUUGAGGCUAAAGUUGCGGAUUUUGGCCUGGCGAGACAUGUAGGGUUUGAUGUAAGCCAUGUGAGUACGGGUCCUAGGGGCACGGAUGGGUAUGAAGAUCCACAUCAUAAAAGCUCCGGUGGUAAGCUAACUAGGGCGAGUGACACAUAUGCUUUUGGCGUGGUGGUGUUGGAAGUAUUGAGUGGGAGAAAAGCGCUUGAUGGCUUAGUGUACCUCUCCAAUUGGGAUUUCGACAGGGAACCUCACGAGAUUGUAGACUCAAAUGUGAGUGGAAACAUCUCAGAUAGGAGCCUUAAGAUAUGCUAUGACGUCGCUAAAACAUGCUUGCUUUAUGAACCAAAGCAACGGCCGAAAAUGAGGGAAGUUUUAACCCAGCUUGAGUCAGCCCUUGUUGGGUUAGAGCUAGAAGUUCCAAAAGAAGAGAUAAUGUCCAUGACUGCUAACUUAAGCAUGCCGUGUGGAAAAAGUGUAUUCCGUGGAACCCUUGAAACUGGACAGCCUGUAGCAAUCAAAAGGCUCGACACGAAUCUGCCACACCAAGAAAUUCUAACAAAGGUUUCAACAAUAUUUGGUCUAAAGCAUGAAAAUGUGGUUAAGCUACUUCACUAUUGUGCGGACGAUGAUCAGUAUUUCCUGGUGUAUGAGUUUGCACAGCAAGGGUCCUUAUACGACAUUCUUUAUGGAGGAAGAGGCGUUGAGCUUGAGCCGCGUCCGGCUCUGUCAUGGGCCCAGCGUAUCAGAAUUGGUGUUGGGGCUGCAAGGGGCUUACGCUACUUGCAUGAGAAGAACUUGAUGCAUUAUAUGAUCACAUCCUAUCAUGUUUCAGUUUUUGAUGAUGGAACUGUUAAAAUAACUGAUACUCAUCAACUUACUCAAACCUAUUCUGUGGUCUCAUAUGAGGAUAGUGGUCAUAGUGCGCCCACAGAGAGCCUUUUAAUUCGAAGAAAGAAAAUCAGUAUUUACAGCUUUGGCGUGGUUCUCCUUGAACUUUUGACUGGUGGCCCACCAUUUGAUCCCACACAAAGGAUCGAACGGCCGAAGGAAAUUGAUACUUUGGUAAAUCGACUGCUCCGUACAGUAUUUGUGCACGAGAUUGUCGAUGCUAAACUUAAAGCAGACUACCCUCCCAGGGCAGCUGAAAGGUUAGCUGAAAUUGCUCGUUCAUGUCUUCAAUCUCCAUCCAAUCUUCGUCCAGAUAUGAGUGAAGUUCUCAACUCUCUUGAAGAGCUGUUACCAGAAGACUCAAAGAGUGGAAUUUACAACUGAGAUUGUAUGUUGGUAUGGUUGUGGUGCAGAAUCACUCACAAGUUUUCAAGGAUAUUAUUAAGGAUGCUUUCUUGCAUUUGAAACUUCUAAACAAAUUUUGUACACUAUCUUUACUUUGAUACAUGUCGUUCAUUGUGUUUUAUUAGUCCAAACUGUAAAAGUUCUGUUUACUUCACCUUGGUUUUUAUGUCACAGAUAUUGAUUGUUAAGUGUCAAUCAUGAAUGAUUUUAAUUA